CUCCCUGAAGUGCAGUUGCCAUAUUGCUGCUGGGUGUCAGUAAAACUGGACUCUAAGAAUGAAGCCCUGGCCUCAUCGUCUUUCUGCACACGGCAGAGGCUUGGUCACCUUCUCCACCAGAACACUCAUCCAGGUAACGACUGAAGCGGCUAAACUGAAGACCAUCAAUGACUUGCCGGGCCCCGCCUUCUUCACCACGCUCUACUGGUUAUUUGUCAAAGGCUAUGCGGACAAAAGCCACUUGCUACAGGGUCUACAGAAGAAUCUCUACGGGCCAAUCUGGCGCUCCAGAUUUGGCCCAUUUGACUUGGUCAAUGUGGCGAGUCCGGAGCUCAUUGCUCAGGUGAUCCAGCAAGAAGGACGCUACCCGGUGCGAGCUGUGCUGCCACACUGGAAGGAAUACCUGGACCUGCGGGGACAAGCCUAUGGGCUGCAUGUAGACAAAGGACUGGAGUGGCACCGAAUGCGGAGUGUUCUGAACUCAAAGUUGCUGAAGCUGCAGGAAGUGCGGGCCUACGCUCCCAUCAUCCAACAGGUGGUUGAAGAUCUCCUGCACCGCAUUGAGUUCCUCCGGAUUCGCAGUUCGGACCAAACUACUGUUUCUGAUGUGGCUGCUGAGCUCUACAAAUUUGGCUUUGAAGGUAUAUCAUCCAUCCUGUUCGAGACCAGGCUGGGAUGCCUUCAGGAAGACAUUCCUCAGGACACGUUGCGUUUCAUCACUGCAGUCAAUGAUAUGUUAACGCUGUCCGAGACUGUAGUUGUCUUUCCACGUUGGACGCGCCGUGUCCUGCCAUUUUGGAAGCGCUUCGUUCAGGCUUGGGAUGACCUCUAUGGCACAGCACGAACACUCAUAGACAGAAGACUGACUGAACUCCAAGCGCAGAUGGACCGAGGUGAACUGACGGGUGGGUUGUACCUGACUUACCUGUUGUCCUGCGACAAGUUGAGCCACUCGGAGAUCUACACCUGUGUGACAGAACUGCUGCUGGGCGGAGUCGACACAACCUCCAACACGCUGUCCUGGGCCUUGUACCAUUUGGCGAGGGACCGGCGUGUUCAGGAUCGAUUGUACAGUGAGGUCAACGGCGUGUGUGCCAACAGACGGAAGCCGGAUACAGAUGACCUGAGAAGGAUGCCCUAUUUGAAGGCUUUCAUUAAGGAGACCUUACGCUUAUAUCCCGUAGUUCCUGGCAAUGGACGCUUCACAGCAGAGAACGAGGUCAUCGUGGACAACUACCGGUUUCCAAAGAAGACUCAGUUUCAUCUGUGCCACUACGUUGUCAGCCAUGACCAGACACAGUUCACCCACGCUGAUGUCUUCAUGCCGGAGCGGUGGCUUCGUACUCAGGUCUUCCAGCACCACCCAUACAGCUUCAUCCCCUUUGGUGUGGGUGUGCGAGCCUGUGUGGGGAAGAGGGUGGCAGAAAUGGAGAUGUACUUGGCUUUGUGUAGGCUGAUGCAGCACUACGAGGUACAGCCGGGAGAUGACGGUGCCGCCAUCGAGGCCAAAACACGAACGCUGCUUGUCCCUGCGAAGCCCAUCAGCCUCCGCUUCCUGCUCAGAGCCUGACAGAGAAUUGCCUCACCUUGUGAAUUUUCUCUGUAGUUUAUUUUCCAAAAUCCUGAUAUCACACAUUUACAGUGGUGACAUCCUUCCAGAUUUUGUAGGUUUUUGAGAAAUAAUUAUUAUUAAGAGAGAAGAAAAAUCCAAACCUGCAUGGCCCAAUGUCAAAAAGUGACCCGUUAAAAAAUAACUGUGAUUUAUCACACCUGUGUUCAAGUGGAAAAGGUUAUGAGGCCAUUUCUAAAGCUUUGAGACUCUAGCAAACCACAGAGUGAGCCAAUAGCCAAAAAUGGCGAAACUAAUGGUGAACCUUCCCAGGUGUGGCCGGCCAACCAAAAUGACCGCAAGAGCACAGCAACAACUCAUCCAAGAGGUCACAAAAGACCCCACAAUAACAUCCAAACGACUGCAGACCUCAGUGAAGGUCAGUGUUUAUGAUUCCACAACAAGAAAGACAGUGGGCAAAAACAGCUUGCAUGGCCGAGUUCCAAGACCAAAAACCACUGCUGAAAAAACAACAACAUUAAGGCUCAUCUCAAUUUUGAUGAUCCCCAAGACCUUUGGGAAAAUACUCUGUGGUCUGAUGAGACAAGUUGAAGAUUUUGGAAGGUGUGUGUCCCAUUACAUCUGACGUCAAAGUAACACUGCAUUUCAGAAAAAGAACAUCAUACCAACGGUAAAAUAAGGUGGUGGUAGUGUGAUGGUCUGGCGAUGUUUUGUUUUCUGCUUCAUGACCUGGAAGACUUGCUAUGAUAAAUGGAACCAUGAAUUCUGUCUACCAAAAAAUCCUGAAGGAGAAUGUCCUGCACGCAUUCAGAAUUCUACCCAAGAAAAUGUUCAAAAUGAUUGGAUUCAUAUGGAAAUGCAUGUACUAUAACAGCUCAGUGUAGUUACUAAUAUUAAUUUUAAGCUAUUCUUCGCACACUAACUCUCACCGGCAGCCUGAGUGAUGAAACAUGUCUACAAAAACGUGAUUCUUCAGUAUUCUUCAGCAUAUCAUGGUGAACUUGAACUCAUUCAUUCAUUACAUUUACUGCCGGUAUUGGGCACGUUACUUUAAAAAAGUAAUUAUAUUUACCAGUUACUUCUCCAAAAAAGUAACUGAGUUACUCCACUACAAAAGUAACUAGUUACCAGUACAAGUAACUAUUAGUAAAACAGUUUAUUUAAACGCCGUUAUUCCCGUCACUGUUUAUUGCAUUGGACAAUAAACUGUAGCAUAGUACCUCUGAGGCUUGCUCAUUGGCUUAUGUCAUCAUAGACUUUCACCGCUUGGACUGCUCUGUAUGUGUAUGAGCUUUUUCUCCUUAAAUUAAAUUGAAAUUGAAUUUUUUUUUUUCUUACGUAUGUCCCAUGUACUUCAACAUUUACAUUUUCUAUUUACCUAUUAUACUUAUUUUUCAGCCCUUUGUAUUGAGUUGUGGACUCCUAUAGAGCAGCUACACACAAUAACCUGCACAGAAAGCUUUACAGAUCUUCCAGAAUCUGGAAUCUGCAGAAUUUCCUUGGAUUACCAAAACUAUUUUAAACUUUGUCAAAACUGUUUUAAUUUAUUCCACGGCCACUCCGCUGUGAUUGGUCCCACUGCCAAGCGCUCCUUAGGACUUCUUGAUGACUGCCAAAUCCCACUUUCUAAUUUUGUCGAUAUAGAAGUUGAUAAUAACUGAAUCAAUCACCUCUUUGGUUAAGAGCUACUGGUUGGAGACCCCUGACUAACCGCGUGGAUAGGUUAAUGUUCAUGGAAGUUAUCAUAUAUUUGACUGUGAACCAUUUCGGUUUUAUCUUUGUACGCAUAUGUGCUUUUUGGCCUUCUGCUGUGUGUGCGUAUGGAACAAGACACUCGAGAUUGUGAAGAGGAAACAGAAAACAUCUGACCACACUGGCACACAGAGGCAAGACAAAGUCAAAGAAACAAAGACAAAGAAAAAGGGACCAUGAGGAGACUUAUAUAUUUUUGUAAAUGAAAUCUAAGAUGAUGAAUUUGAAAACGAAGGCACCAAACUAUACAUUCUUUGGAAACUGGUAAACUGAACUAAUUCCAUAAAUUCUUCCUCAUCAAGGUUCCAAAGUAUGGCUAAAGAUAAGAUAUGCCUUUAUUCGUCCCUCAGUGGGGAAAUUUGCAUUGCACAGCAGCAAGAGUACAGAAUCAGUUAAGCAGUACAAAAUACACAAUAUAGAAAAAUAAACAAUAUAAACAACCCAAGUAUUAACAAAAUUUGUUUUACCCAGAGUUAUAUACAAAUACAGUAUGUAGAUAAUAUGAAACGAGAUGAAAUAUAUGACCAGUCUAUACACUAUGAGAUCUUGGAAGUGAGUUAAUAUGAGGCAUUAUAGAAAUACUUCACAUAGAACUUAAUAUAUUGCAUUUAGAGCCUU